AUGCCGCUUCCGGACACUCGGGGGCUUGCACCAUGCCCCGAGCGCGACACCAUCCUGCGACGCAUCGCAGAAGUCGAUGCGGAGCGACUGCGACUCAACACGUCCUGGAACUCUACCCUUCCCAUCCAUCGCCUACCGCCGGAACUCAUCGCCAAAAUAUUCUCUACAGUUCUGUUAUCAUGCGCCUUCACCGAAGUCACGGACGAACUCCCUGAAUCACGCAUGCGGAUGGCGCUCGUCUGUCGCCGAUGGAAAGACCUAAUCUUAUCCACGCCAACGCUCUGGACCACGCUGAAUGUUACACCGCACUCGCCACUCGACAUGCUCUCUUUCAACUUAUCUCGAUCGGGAGAAUCCGACCUCUUUGUCCACGUCAUCGCAACGUUUGAUUCCAACCAUUUGGAAGUCGAAGCAGGGGUUAUCGAGCUGCUUUCCCUCGAGUUCACGAGAAUCCGCACAUUGGUGAUCUCCGGGGCAGUUUCCCCCAUAAUCGACUCUCUAUUCCGCGAUAAAGCCUGGCCAGUCCUCACUCGCUUGCACAUCUCUCUUCCACGUUCAUCGUUCCUGCGACAAACGUUCAUGCGCUCAGAUUUCAGGUCCGCCCUUACCAUCACGCAUCAGCGCUUUCCAGUCCUCUGUGAUCUUGCUCUACGAGGCUUCAUUCUCGUAACAGAUACACAGAUACGACGUCAGCUCACGAAAUUCCAGCUGGAAUCGCCACCCUCCCAGUGGCCUCCUCUCCCCGAGUUCUUUGCAGAGAUAUCCGAAGCAUCGCAGUUGGAAGCGCUCAUUGUCUCCCCCUUCGACCGCACCGGCCGAGAAAAUUCGACUUCCUGUGACGUGGAUCCAGAGCUCUCCGGCAUAGUCCUCCCACCGUUCACUCUCCCGCGUUUGCGUGCGCUCAACAUCACCAGCACCCGUCCUUACGAUCUUGCGCCGCUCAUCGUCCAUGCGCUUCGAUCACAGGGACCGAUGUCCGUGGACCUCCACGUCCCGAUGUGGGACCACAUCUUCGCGCCCCAUAUCAGCAAAGGAUGCCACAGCAUCGUCGACCCCCUCUUCCACACCCACCGGGAAUGCUCCACCGUCGCGUUCUCCCACGAGCUCACCUCCGCCACGCUCCAGAUCAAACGCAGAAAAAUCUCUUUCCGCGGAUCCGCCUCAUCCUCUCCCGCACAGGGCAAACCGCUCACACUCUCCGUCACCGCGUCCCGCGAUCUACCGCAAUUCGACAGCCUGUAUCCCCUCUCGAAUGCGCUCGAGGACCUCUCCCUCCUCUUCCGCGGCAUGCCCCUCGCCAUCCUCCGUGUCAUCACUUGCAAGGGCUUCGCCAAUGGAGCACGCGCGGACGGCUGGCGAACCGUCUUCCGCGCGUUUCCGAACCUGGAGACGCUCGCCAUCAAGGGCUCGGUCGACUUGGAGCAGCUCUUCGAGGCCCUCCGCCCAGACCGACCGAUAGACAGCGCCGACGGGGCCCCCGCCGAGGCCACGUGCCUCGGCUCAAAGCUGAGUACGGUGGCCUUUGACGAUGAAGCGACGCAGAGCAUGCGCGCGCUGAGGGGCAAAGAGAGCGUGGCGGUGGUGAUAGAGGACUGUCUCCGCGCGCGCGAGCGCGCGGGCAUCGCCAGAUUCCAACCGCUGCAGAUGAAUCUCGCACGAGGGGAGGCGACGGUCGGGCAAAGGAGGGAUGUGUAG